CCGCGGCCUCGCCGCACGGCGGCUCGCCCGCGCCGGCACGCGGCGGGGGGGCCGAGGCGGCGGCGCUACGCGAGGAGCUGGCGGCGCUGGAGAGCGCGCUGCUGGAGAGCUGCAUGAGGAGCUGACUGGAGCUCAGCGGGAGCCGGCCCAGGCGGGCUUGUGGCAGCGCCGGUACGAGGAGGCGCAGCGGAGGGGCGACGCGCACGAGCUGGCGCUGCGCGAGCUGCGGUUGGAGGGCGAGGGGCGGGGCAGGGAGGCCACGCUGCUGCAGCAGUACCUGCGGAAGCUGGAGGACGAGGCCAGCAUCCGUGACGAGCAGCGGAGGCGGCUGCUGCAGGACGCAGAGCAGCUCUCGGAGAAGCUGCGCUUCUCCGAGGCGGCCAGGCGGCGGCUGGAGGCGCAGAUGCACGAGCUGGAGGACGGCUUCGCCCGCUGCGUGGGCCGCAUCACGCGCGCGCGGGCCGCCGGGGUGGUGAACGCGUCCCUCGGCGACGACAAGCCCGUGGCGCGCUUCGCGGUGCUCCGCGCGGCCGAGGCGGACGACGGGGCCGCCGUGCUGGAGUUUUUUGAGGAGCCGGACUCGGCGUGGGAGAUAACGUCGCUGGACCUCUCGCCGGAGGCGGGCCCCGCGGGCGAGGCGGCGCGGGCGAUCGUGGAGGAUCAGGGGGCGGCGGCCUGCUGCUGAGGGCCGCCGGUGGGGGCGGCACAGCGAGGCUGCACUGCGGCAGCAGCGAGGAGUUCGUCUCGGGGUGGUCGGGGGCCCUGCGGACGUUCGGGCACCUGCGGGGCGGCAUCGACGGCGGCGUCGCCGCGGCGGCCGCCCGGGCCGGCCCCGAGGCGGAGGCCGGCGGCCGGCACGCUUGAGAGUUCGCCCCUUCCUGCUUCGGCGUCCACGCCCUCGGACCCCCCGGAGGGCUCCAGGAGUCGGGAGAAAGUCGUGGUCCACGUCCAUGUCCAUGUCCAGCAGGCCGCGGUCUCCUCCAGGUCCUGCUGCGGCUACUGCCGCUCCUCCUCCUCCUCCGUCUUCUCUGCCCAUGUUUUGCGCCUCUGGUCCUCGUCUUGGUCCUCCUCCCUCCUCCCUCCUGCUCACCUCCCAGGUCGGCAGCUCAGGCUGGCUGCUGUGGGUGUGGGUUGUUGGGUCGUGUGCAGCUCAGGCAGCUCAGGCUGUUGUGUUGCGUACAGUGUGGUUUCAGUGGUUGAUGCUAGCAAAAUCCUUCCAACCCUGAGGUGCGGUCGUCGUCCACGUCGGGGCCCGCCGUGAAAACCAGCGCGGCAUCCACCCUCCUGUCCUUUAGUGUCCCCCAAACAGCAGUCGGCGCCAGUAGUGCAGAACGGCUCAUCCUUACCUCCCCCUUCCCCUCCCUCUCCUAGCUCCCCUUCCCCCCAUCUUUCUGUUUCGCCUGCAGCCAAAGCCCA